AUGGCAAAUGCUAUUACAACUCUCAAAUCAAUAAAUGAUAUUUUUGAUAUUCCUCAUGAUACUAAUGAUGGACUACAAUUUGCAGUGGACAUUUUAAAUCAAUAUUAUCGAUCAGGUCAACUUCAGUCGACAAAAUUCGUCGAGGAAAAAAGAGAAAAUGAUGUUCUCAUUGAUUCAGAUUAUAUUGAAUUCAUACAAAAAGAGGAACAAAAUGAAGAAAAUAUUUUAUCACAAAAAUUAAGUGAAUUAACAACAAAACCAUCUGAAAAAAUUUCAGUAUCAACUUCGGUCGAAAAAAAACGUCGUGCUAGUACAGCAACUAGUCCAAUAGUCUACGUGAAAAAAUUGAAAACAACUGUUAGUGAUAAUGAUGAAGAUGAUGAUGUUAUUGAAAUUCAAAUGGAGAAAAAUGAAAUACCACCUUAUUUAUGCUUCAAUAAUAAAUUAUUCAUUCGAACAUUUCAAGAUUUCAUGAACAAUAAUUCAACAGUCACUAUUCAUGAUAUACAAAAAUUAGCCAAUUUAUUCCAUCAAAUCGGUUGUCUUAAAAUAAAAAAAGAACGUGUUACUAUGUAUUUAAAAGCAGUAACAGGUACAUUAAUUGAAGCCGAAGCUGACUUAACUGAAGUAGAUCGACGUAUUUGGCCAAUGCCUAUUCAAUCAAUGAUGUUAAGUAGACCUAAAUCUGAAAUGGAUACCAAUAUGGAAUUUGAUCGAGAGAAAGCACAACACGAUUGCGAAAACUUAUUACAUGAACACUUACAAAAAUUAAAUGAACAAAUUGAACAACAUGAACAAGAACUCAUGGAAAAAAAGAAAUCUUUAUCAGAAUACACAUCAACAUUAGAUAGUUUGAUUCAAAAUUAUGUUCAAGAGUAUGGUAUGAAGGUACUGGAAAUAAAAAACAAAUUUAAAAAGCAAAUCACUUUCUAUGAUUAUGAAUCCGAAUUACUUGAACGACAAUACUUAAAAGAAAAUCCAAACUCAUAUCAAUUGGAAGUAGCCAAACGGCUUGUUGAAUUGCGACGUCAUGUUGAAAAAUCAAAACGAGAUUUACUCGAAUUAAAACAACGUGUCCUUUACAAUAAAUCAUCCAUACCGUGUAAUACCAUUCCAAUAUCAACAACGAAUCCUUUGUCAGACAAUGGAAAGCGGCAACGGCCAUUAUUCAAUACAGAUGAAAAACAACUUCAAUGGGAAAAAUUGGAUGUAUUAUCUGUAUACAUUCUAGAAGCUGAAUUAACCUAUUAUCGAUUUCAAUAUGAAUUUGAUAAUGAAUUAGCUAAAAUGUGGCAAAAUCAUCGUCAAUUAUUGAUGAAUAAAGCUAUGACGACAGGAUUAACUCAAUUAUUAGAGAAACGUUUCAAUAAUAUUGAGAAUCGAUGGAGAGAUAUUUAUAAUUUUCGUAUGGAUUAUUAUGUCAUAAAUUCUUAUGAUGAAUUAAAUUCUCCAAAUUCUACUCAAACUGAACAACGUUUAAAAACGAAUAUGUCUCCGGCUACUUUAUAUAUUGAUACACGAAAUUCAUUGAAUGAAAAACAAUCCCAAUUAUUAUGUCGUGGUCCAAGUUAUGUACCAUCAUGUUUAAUGUAUACCUUUUUUACUAAUGAAUCCAUGAAUGAUAUUGUGAAAAAACAAUUUGCACCAUUACAACAUCAAUUAAUGGCACUUUUUCAAAAAUAUAAAAUUAAUGUGCAUUUAUGUAUGGAAAUUCAAGAUAAAUUACUGAAAAAAUUUCAACAUCUUUUUUCAUCUUUUAUACCUGCCACACUUUUUCAACGUGCUAUGUAUGAAAAAAAUUUAAUUCAAUCUAUUCAAUAUGUUUUGGAUAAAAAUCAACUUAUUCUACGACGUACAGCUGAUAAUAUGAAUACAUUUUAUCUAAGUGAUUUGUUAGAAUUUGAAAGAAAAGCUGAACGAUACUUAACAUUAUCAGAUGAUUUCGAAGUACUCAUUGAUAUCAAUGAUGUCAAUAAUGAAAAACCAUUAGAUGUUGCAUUGAAAGAUAUGAUCAACUCGAUGAAUUUACGUUUGAAUGAAUUAAAAACACAUAAAGCAUUGAAAGAAGAUGUAUGUCAACGAUUAAUGGCUGAUCCAACUAAAACUAAACUCCCUUAUUUAUAUUUCUUACCAAACAUAUCUCAGGAUAAUAGUGUAAAAUUAGUACCUGUUAUUACAUCUCAUGGUAAUGCAACAUGGAAAAUUGCUAAAUUUUUAAAUCAACAUUUACGGCCCUAUAUCGAUGAACAAAUUCAAUCUACCACAUUCUAUGAUGAAGCUGAUUUUCUUCGAAAAUUUCAUCAAUAUGCUACUAUAGGACGUCGACUUAAACGCGAUACAUUAUUUUGUACUAUUAAAAUUAUGAACUAUCAUACAUUAGAUACACAUAAACAAAUGUUGGAUGCAGUUGAAUUCUUUUUAAAUCGUAACUUAGCUACUAAUAAACUUCAAUCAUUAACAAUUCAAACAAUUCGAAAUUUAUUACAUUUAUUUCUACAUAACAAUAUUUUUUAUUAUAAAGAUAAUAUUUAUAAAUUCGUUCAAGGUAGUCCUAAUACAGUACCUUUAACAGAAACAUUAGCCAAUGUUUAUAUGAAUAUAUGGCAAAACAAAAUUUUGAAAGAAAUGGAUACAAAUAUAGAAUUUUUUGGAAGAUAUAAAGAUCAAAUAUUUUUCACAUGGAAUAAAUCGACUGCAUUACAACUUGAAACAUUUAUUGAAGAUCUUCGACUUAAACAUCGAAAUGUACAUUUUCAAAAAUUAAUUGGAACAAGUGUAUCCUUUCUCAAUGUUUAUCUUGAAAAUCGACAUGGCAUAUUAUAUAGUCGAGUAUAUUAUGAUCCUAAUAUUCCACGAUAUACAUUACCAUAUGUUACUGGUCAUGCAAAAACAGCUUAUAGUAGUUGGUUACGAACAGCUUUAAUUCAUGCUGUUUGUUCAUGUACAUCAGUUGAUGAUUUUCAACAAGAAAGAAUCUAUCUUGAAUUAACGUUUUUAUCGAAUGGUUAUUCGUUAUUAUUUGUGGAAAGCAAUGUCAAAAAUGUUUUUACUUAUUUUAAUGCAUUACGAAUGAAAUAUUCAAGAAAUCAAAUGGCCUAUGAUAAAUUUCGACAACAAUGUUUUGAUUUUAUUCAACAACGUCAACGACUUUCACAAGAACUGCAAAAGUUUGAUGAUCAUGGUUGUCUAACUGAAUUUAAUUAUAUAUGUGAUUUUGGUCCAAGUUGUCGAUUUAAUCGAGAUUUUCUUAAUCUCUGGCAUAGCUAUUUUCCACAACAUCCUUAUCUUGGCGAACAAAAUUACAAGAUUCUUAUAUCACCAAAAGAUUUUCAUUCAUUAAAUAGUUUAUUAGCAAAGGAAAAUCCAUGCUUUAAAGUAGAAAAAUAA